GUCACCUGAAUAUAAAAAUAUUCCUGCAGAUGAUCUGAGAUUAUGGAUGAUCGAAAUUAACGCUUCUAACGAUGAAAAAAUAGCAAAUUAUCCACUUAAUAGUGAAGAUGAACUUCACGCAGUUAGUCUCAUAAGUGAUUAUUGGAUAUUGGAUCCACUCCCGGGACAUAUCCAUGUAAUUGUUGUACCGCCUGGAGCCGUAGAAACUUCAUCCCCUGAGAAACAAAAAAAAGAAUCGAAACCACCAAAAACUGCAAAUAAUAAAAAAGAUAUUAAAGCUGACACAUUGCCAAUUUCAUCGGCAACCUCAACUAAUAAAAGACAGGCCACACCUAAUAAAAAAAAGAAGGAAGCGGAAACCACUCCUAAUAAGGAGCAGCAUAAGACUGUACAUAGUAAGGAGCAGCAGAAGAAUGCGAAUAAUAAAGAGCAACAGAAGAAGACUGCGAAUAAUAAUAAACGGAAAGAAGAUACGCCGCCACCACAACCCGCUCCUGAUAGUAAACGAAAAAAAAUGACUCAAAAACAGGGUGAAACGCAAACUAGCACACCUAUGCAUAAACGUGACGAGAUUUUGAAUGAUUUAUUAGCUGACGUAAUGGAAGAGGACGAAGAUGAGCUUACCGACGAUAAACCUCUUAGAGAGCUAUGCUAUGAAUUGGUAAACACAAAACCUCCCACCAAUCUUUGCUACUUCAAGAUUGGUAAAGCACUCCAGGACCGACUUGAAGAACUUAUUGUAAAUAAACAUAAGAAUUCUCGAGAAAUACUUAACACAGAAGUUAAAGGCUAUUUUAGUGCUGGUACCGAUUUCAAGAAAGAAAUGUCGAGGGCUACCAAAAUAUUCGAUUUUUUCAAAGAUAUAGGUGAAAGCAGGAUUAAUCGAGUUCGAGCCACUCCGAGUAUGAUUUCGAAAUUAACAAAAGAUGAUGUUAGCUAUAUACAUGGAAAAUAUAAGAAAUCAGAUAAAUAA